CCGCUGCAGAGCACAAAUAACCUCUCCAAGACUCUUGGAAAUACAAUUGCAUGGAGGCGACGUAGAGAGUUUCAACCUGCAGCAGCUGCAGCGAGACAGCCCGGUCACUCAUGAGCACCCAAGGAGGAGAGCCAGAGAUGGACGACUGCCUGGAGACACUGAAGGAUGAGGAGGAGGCUUUGUGGGAGAACGUGGAAUGCAACCGGCACAUGCUGAGCCGGUACAUCAACCCGGCCAAACUGACCCCCUACCUGCGGCAGUGCAAGGUCAUCGACGAGCAGGACGAGGAUGAGGUGCUCAACUCACUUAUGCUGCCCUCCAAAAUUAACAGAGCAGGCCGACUGCUGGACAUCCUCCACACCAAGGGCCAAAGGGGCUACGUGGUUUUCUUAGAGAGCCUGGAGUUCUACUACCCUGAGCUCUACAAACUGGUAACAGGGAAAGAACCUACACGGAGAUUUUCCACUAUUGUUGUGGAGGAGGGACACGAAGGCCUUACCCAUUUCCUAAUGAAUGAGAUCAUUAAGCUCCAGCAGCAAGUGAAGACGAAGGACGUGCAGCGCUGCGAACUCCUGGCCAAGUCUCGGCAGCUGGAGGACGAGCGAAAGCAGCUCAAACUGAACAAGAUAGAGCUGCUGACCUUCCAGGAGAGGUACAACAAGAUGAAGGAGGAGAGGAACAACUACAACGACGAGCUGGUGAAGGUGAAGGAUGAGAACUACAAUCUGGCCAUGAGAUACGCCCAGCUGAGUGACGAGAAGAGCAUGGCCGUGAUAAGGAGCCGAGACCUCCAGUUAGAGAUUGACCAGCUGAAGCAUCGCUUGAACAAGGUGGAGGAGGAGUGCAAGCUGGAGAGGAACCAGUCUUUGAAGCUGAAAAAUGACAUUGAAAACCGGCCCAAAAAGGAACAGGUUCUGGAGCUGGAGCGGGAAAAUGAGAUGAUGAAGACCAAAAUCCAGGAGUUACAGUCCAUCAUUCAGGCUGACAAGCGGAGUUUGCCGGAUUCGGACAAAGCCAUUCUGGACAUUCUGGAACACGACCGUAAGGAGGCACUGGAAGAUCGUCACGAGUUGGUCAACAAGAUCUUUAAUCUCCAGGAGGAGAUUCGUCACGUGGAGGACUUGAGAGACAAGUAUCUUGAGGAGAAAGAGGAUUUGGAGUUGAAGUGCUCAACACUAGGAAAAGACUGUGAGAUGUACAAGCACCGUAUGAACACUGUGAUGAUACAACUGGAAGAGGUGGAAAAGGAGCGAGACCAGGCGUUCCGCUCGCGCGACGAGGCUCAGACGCAGUACUCACACUGUCUGAUCGAGAAGGAUAAGUACAGGAAGCAGAUCCGAGAGCUGGAGGAGAGGAAUGACGAGCUCCGGAUCGAGGUGGUUCGGAAGGAAGCGUGUAUUGUCAACCUGGAGUGCAAACUCCGGCGGCUCUCCAAGGACAACAACUUCCUCGACCAGAGUUUGCCACGGAAUCUACCCAUUACCAUUAUCUCCCAGACCUUCGGGAAUUCCAGCCCAAAAGCCAACGGUCAGGAAGCCGAUGACUCCUCCACUUCUGAAGACUCUCCAGAAGACAACAAAUUCUUCUUGCCUGAUCAAGCUCGUCUCAAGAGAAGACUGAAUCUGAAGGGAAUCCAGAUAAGUCCAAGAGCUAAAUCCCCUGUCAGCAUGAACAAAACAUCAGAGUUUCAAGCAGUGAGAGCGCAGGACGAGGACGGGGCCGACGCCAGCAACGGCCGCACGGACACGAGUUCUUCUGUCUCCAUCAGCAGCUGUGAAGUCAGCAAGAUUCAAGCGCUGAGGAAUCGCAAUGACAGCAUCAUGUCGACCACUCCCGAGCCUCCAGGAAAUGAUUCCAUAGUCCGGCGGUGCAAAGAGGACGCCCCUCAUUGCAGCCUGGUUGAAGAGGACAAUGACAGCUUUGGAUGUGAUGCUUUGGAGCUGGAUGAUGACAGUCAUGACAGGCAGUCACACGGAGCUCCUUCAGUGCACUCUUCCUCUUCUUCUCAUCAGUCAGAAGGCCUGGAUGCCUAUGACCUUGAGCAUGUCAACUCCCUGUUUAGGAAGUUCUCUCUGGAAAGGCCCUUUCGUCCCUCUGUCACGUCCGUGGGCCGCCUCAGGAACUCGUGCCACGCGAUCCAGCGCGUGACGCUGAACGGGGACAGCCUCAACUCCGAGAUCACCCUGGUGGGGGGCAACGACAGGGGGAGCUUCAUCAGCUCUGUCAAGACAGGAUCACCUGCGGAGAAAGCUGGACUUCGGGAGGGCCACCAAAUCCUCCUGUUGGAGGGCUGCAUUAAAGGGGAAAAUCAGAGUGUUCCCUUGGAUACUUGCACAAAGGAAGAAGUUCACUGGACAAUUCAGAGGUGCAGUGGUCCAGUAACACUCCAGUAUAAAUCAAAUCAUGAAGGUUACAGGAAGCUGCUGUCGGAGCUGGAGGAAGGGCUGAUCACGUCGGGGGACUCGUUUCACAUCCGCCUGAACCUGAACAUCUCCAGCCAGCUGGACUGCUGCUCCCUGUCCGUGAGGUGUGAUGAGAUCGUCCACAUCCUGGACACCAUGUACCAGGGCAGGUGUGAGUGGCAUUGUGCCAGGGUGGAUCCAUUCACGGACAGAGACCUGGAAAUGGGGACCAUCCCCAGCUACAGCAGAGCCCAGCAACUUCUUCUGGUGAAGCUGCAGCGGUUGAUGCACAGAGGAUGCAAAGAUGAGACAGAAAACUCCUAUAACACCCUUCGGGCACUCCGGAAUACAUUGCAGCCAGAGGAGCCUGCCCAGCCGAACGACCCAAAAACCAGCCCUCGCCUAUCCAGAGCCAGCUUUCUUUUGGGCCAGAUUUUACAGUUUGUCAGUAGGUCCGAAAACAAAUACAAGCGUAUGAACAGCAACGAGCGCGUCCGCAUCGUCACCGGCUGGCCCUCCGGUCUGGCACGGACCUCAUCGGAAGCAAAGAAGCAGUUGCCUGAGAAACUAGAAGAUUUGGAUUCUGAAAGUGAAAUCAAUAAGAAGCUCAGUCUGAUCCCCUAUAGUCUGGUGAGACCCAUCCACUGUGAGCGCAGGCGCCCAGUGCUUUUCACCCCCACCAUGCUUGCCAAGCCCUUGGUACAGAAACUUCUCAACUCUGGAGGUGCCCUGGAAUUCAACAUAUGCAAGCCAGAUAUUGUAACAAAGGAAGAGUUCUUAAGGAAGCAAAGGACAGAGACUGUCAUCUUCAGCAGAGAAAAGAAUCUGAACACAUACGAAUGUAUUGUACCUGCCAAUAUUGAGGCUGUCACUGCCAAGAACAAGCACUGUCUCCUGGAGGCUGGAAUAAGCUGCACAAAGGAUUUAAUCAAAGCCAAGAUAUAUCCUAUUGUUCUCUUUAUCAGAGUCUCAGAGAAAAACAUCAAGAGGUUCAGGAAACUAUUGCCAAAGCCGGAGGCUGAGGAUGAGUUUUUACGGCUGUGCCGUCUGAAGGAGAAAGAGCUGGAAGCACUGCCCUGCCUUUAUGCCUCUGUGGAGGCAGAUGCUUGGAGCAGCAUUGAGGAUCUCAUCCGAAUAAUAAAAGACAGGAUUGGGGAAGAGCAGCGUAAAACCAUCUGGGUGGAUGAAGAUCAGCUGUAAAAAAAGAACAGGUAAAAUGGAACUCUUUGGCGACCAAAGGACACAUCCAGGUGGAGCAGGGGCUCCCAGAGUUCUCUGUUAGGUGCCCAGAGCUCACUCCUGUUUCACCCUCACUGGCUGAGGACUUCUGCUGGCAGGAUGCACGUAUGGAAUGGAACUGGAGCCGUGUUGAAGAGCCAGUGUCUCGGGUGCUGGGAUCCAGGUUGUGGGUCAGGCCACAGCCACCGCCACAACUCCUGAUCCACCAGCAUCUCCUGAGGGACAGCAGCUGUUUAACCCGUGAUGACAAAGAUACUGAGAGGGAGAUGGGGGUAAUUUAUUACGUUAAAAAUAUAGAUCUCACUUGGCUCGGUGAAAACAUCUGGUGAGACCAAAUAAGUGGAAUCUGAGAGGAAAAAAACGUGGAAUUGGACUACAGGA